AUGGGUUUCUCAAACCACUUAUUUUCUCUCCUUCUCUCCCAGCCUUUCCUUGCUCUUCUCUUGCCAAUGACUGCAACGCAAAACUCCAACCUCUUUCGAGAGUACAUCGGAGCUCAGGGGAGGGCCGUCAAGUUCACCGACGUCCCCAUCAACCCCGAUGUCGACUUCCACUUCAUCCUUGCCUUCGCCAUAGACUACAACAAAUCGACGACGCCUUCACCCACCAACGGUCGAUUCCACUCCUUCUGGGACACCGCCAACCUCAACCCCUCCGAUGUCACCUCCAUCAAAAAGAACCAUGCCAAUGUGAAGGUUGCUCUCAGUAUUGGAGGGUCAAGCGUUGGCGAUACCAUACCUGUUACCUUCCAUCCUACCUCUGUAGACUCUUGGCUCCGUAAUGCUGUGUCCUCGCUAACCAGUCUCAUCCAACAAUACAAUCUCGAUGGCAUUGAUGUCAACUACAUGAACUUCAUCAUGGAUGCCAACCAGGAUAUGUUUGCAGAGUGCAUCGGACGGCUACUGAUAACUCUAAAGAGAAAACGGGUGAUCAAGUUUGCUUCAAUUACUAUGUAUGAAGAUGAACCACUCCAGAGCUACUACAAGGCUUUGUGGAACAGUUACUCGCAGGUUAUAGAUUAUGUGAACUUCAUAUUCUAUAAAUACCCUGCAAGCACGACAGUGUCGCAAUUUCUAGGCUAUUAUGAGAUUCAGAGAUCAAAUUAUAGAGGAGGGAAGGUGUUGACUAGUUUCAUUUCUAAAGGGAACAUAGGGUUGACACCUGCAAAUGGCUUCUUUGAUGCCUGUAGGACUCUUCAGAAGCAGGGGAAGCUCCCAGGGAUCUUUGUAUGGUCUGCUGAUGACUCCAAGAGCAACGGAUUCCAGUAUGAGAAGCAGGCACAAGAGCUGUUAGCCAUGUCUACGAAAACGCCGAGUCCAUCAACGCCGAUUCAAUUCGGUCAUGGUUAUUCGAACGCCAUGAAGAACUGGUGGGCAAUCUGGUCGUUGGUAGCACUGGUGGCAGGAGUAGUCUGA